CUCCCCACCUGUUCUUCCACUCCUCAUUCAUUCACCGCGUUAGUCAGCUGCUGGCAGCCAGGUAGCUCUUCCCCUCCGGUCACUCCUCAGUAUUCGGAUUCUCCGCGUCUGAACGCAACUUUUUGAGUGGAAGAGGCUCCAAGAACGCCAUCCUACAGUACCCAAGAUGCCCUACAGUUCCACGCUCUCGGGCGGCGCCGGCAAGAAGGCCAAGGCGGUGAGCACGCAGUCGGACGGCCGCUCCUUCGAGGAGAUCCGGCAGGAUUGCCUGAGGAAGGGCAUCCUCUUCGAGGACCCAGACUUCCCCGCUGUAGACUCAACGCUCUUCUACAGCCAGAGCGUGCCCAUCAACUUUGAAUGGAAGAGGCCCAAGGAGCUGUGUGACAAUCCCAAGUUCAUCCUCGGAGGAGCAUCGAGAACAGACAUAUGCCAAGGACAACUGGGGGACUGUUGGCUGCUGGCUGCCAUCGCUUCCCUGACGCUGCAGAAGGAGACUCUGGCCAGAGUGGUGCCUCAUGACCAGGAGUUCGACCGCGGAUACGCCGGGAUAUUCCACUUCCAGUUCUGGAAGCAUAACCAGUGGUUGGACGUGGUGGUGGAUGAUCGCCUCCCGGCCGUGAGGAACCGUCUGGUCUUCGUCCACUCAGCCGACAACAAUGAGUUCUGGAGCGCCCUGCUGGAGAAGGCCUACGCCAAGGUUCACGGCAGCUACGAGUCCCUGAAGGGGGGCAGCACUCUGGAGGCCAUGGAGGACUUCACGGGGGGCGUGGGGGAGAUGUACGAGACCAAGCAGGCUCCCGCCAACCUCUUCAGCAUCCUCAGGAAGGCCCUGGACAGGGGAUCCAUGCUGGGCUGCUCCAUCGAUAUCACCAGCUCUGCAGAGUCUGAAGCGCGCACCUCCACUGGACUCGUCAAAGGCCAUGCCUACUCUGUCACCGGCUUGGAAGAGGUGAACUACAGGGGGCAGAAGGUGCAGUUGAUUCGGGUGAGGAACCCAUGGGGCCAGGUGGAGUGGAACGGACGCUGGAGCGACGACUCCAGGGAGUGGAACAUGAUUGACAAGGCGGACAGGGAUCGCAUCCUACGCCACGCCAAGGACGACGGAGAAUUCUGGAUGGAGUUUGAUGACUUCAAGGCCAACUAUGACAAGAUUGAGAUCUGCAACCUCACGCCCGACUCCCUGACGGACAACGUCAAGAGGAAGUGGGAGGUGAACAUGUUCGAGGGCAACUGGAUACGAGGAUCCACCGCCGGAGGAUGCAGAAACUUUAUAGACACGUUCUGGACAAACCCCCAGUUCCGGCUGAACCUGCAGGAUGCGGAUGACGAUGAUGACCAGUGCAGUGUGAUCGUCGCCCUGAUGCAGAAGAACAGGAGGCAGCUGCGCAAGGAGGGCAUGGACCUGGAGGCCAUCGGAUUCGCCAUGUACGAUGCCCCGGAUGACGACGACCACCUGGGUAAGGACUUCUUCCGCUACCACGCCUCCAAGGCGCGCAGCCGCACCUACAUCAACAUGCGCGAGGUGUCGGAGCGCUUCACGCUGCCGCCGGGGAAAUACGUGCUGGUGCCCACCACCUUCCAGCCGCACCACGAGGCCGACUUCAUGCUCAGGAUAUUCUCCGAGAAGGCGGCCGGCGCUGAGGAAAUGGGAAACAGUGUUGAUGCUGACCUACCAGAUCCCCCCAUGCCCAGUGCCCCCGAGGACGAGACAGAUGAGGAGAAGGGACUCAGGAGACUCUUUGAACAGAUCGCUGGCUCGGACCAGGCCAUCAGUGCCAAGGAGUUGCAGCAAGUGCUGAAUGGAGUCCUCAGCAGAAGGAGGGAGAUCAAGUUCGACGGCCUCACCCUCAACACCUGCCACAGCAUCAUCAACCUCAUGGACGUGGACAACACAGGUCAGCUUGAGUUCCAGGAGUUCAAGAUCUUCUGGGAGAAACUGAAGAAAUGGAUCAUGCUGUUCCUGUCCUUUGACACCGAUCGCUCAGGCCGCAUGUCCUCCUACGAGCUACGUAUCGCUCUCAAAGCAGCAGGUAUGCACCUGAACACCAAGCUGCUUCAGCUGCUGGGUCUGCGCUUCUCAGAUAAGAACUACGACAUCGACUUUGAUGACUACCUCACCUGCAUCGUCAGACUGGAGAACAUGUUCCGAGUCUUCCAGGCCAUGGACAAGUAUAAAAGAGGAGAAGUCACCAUGAAUAUGCACCAGUUCCUUUUCUUGUCGAUGAACGUCUGAGGAAUUGAACACUUGCGGCAAAGGGCAUGCUGACGCCAGGAGAGAGAGAUGGCACCAAGGACAUGCAAGGAAACAAUGUGUGAAUCCGCAGGAUUAGAGAAGAAGAAGGGUAGCCUUUCUCACAAUGUCCCAUCUUGUUUUUUCCUUUAUACUUUGUUACACUCACAAUGUACCUUUUUUGUGUAUACUUUGUAAGCACUCGCUACUGUGACUUUCUCCAUCAUUAUUACAAUGUCUGAAUCAGCAGGCAUAGAGGAGCGGAAUAGCCACCCCAAUGUAUCUUUUUUGUUUUUGUUUAUAUGCCUUGUUACAUGCUCCAUUGAGACAGUUUCUCUGCCUUUUACAAUGUGCCGAUCAGCAGGCUCAGAGGAGAGGUGUGACCAUUCUCACAAGUUAAAUUAAAACUUCAUGUAAACGUAGCCAAUGUCAAUUAGGCCUACUAUGUUACACUCUGUCAUGAAUGUUUCUCAUAUCAUACUCAAUUAUGGUAUACAGUUUUAUCCAUCACCUUUUCCUUAUGGUGCUUGAAAAGCCAAUUAAAAAAGAUUUACACUGAUCGUCAUUCUUGACUAGAUACAUUACCACAUGUAGAUUAUAUUAUCACAUUUUACAGUUACAUUUUUUUUCACAUUCCUUUCUUUUUGUAUACAUUAAAAGGUGUUAGCUUGUGAAUUUGGGGGGAAAAAACGCUGUUCGCCACGCAUAACCCAUUUAAACAUACAGGCUCAUAAAUGUGGUUAUGGGGAUAACCUUGAGAAAAUGUUCUGUCGGGUUGCUGAGAGUUGCUUGAUCUGCUUUAUAAGAUGAAAACAGAAAAAAAGGUAGGCUUCAUUUUACAGCAACUUAUAAUAUGUCCGAUUUGUGUCCUGAUGGGUACGAUUUCCUGAAGACAAAAAUGUACAUGUCGUUCCCCCAAAGUGUAAAAAUAAAGAAUUGAAUGAAAUGAGCAUAUGAACAAAACAAAAAUAAACCUUAAAGAAAUCA